AUGGCUUCGACUUCGGCAGCGCAGCCAUCAUCUGCUGCAGCAGCGGGUGUACACUUUCCUCCAGAGAGUCACAGAUGCGCACCCAAUCAGAAAUUUAAGAUGAAUGUCAUCCUGCGCUCUUCUGUUGACAUUGACACUCCUAAUCCUAGCAUUACUGAGAUCAGACAAAACACUCGCCAACAAUUAAUAACGAAUAUUGUGGAUAGUACUAAAUUGAUGUUCGUGUCAAGUUCAGGUCAAGAAUUGGAUGACUAUCUGUCAUUACGUUCUAAUCUUAAUAAGGAGAUUAAGAUACUCUUGGAACCCUCUGCCAUGGGCAUGGCGUCAGCCCCUAUGCCGCCAUCCACGUCAGCCCCCCCACAGACAUCUGCGUCGGCAGCAGGGGGUGAAAGUAGCAGGGUGAAUUCCUCGAUGAGACACACUGUCGGAUCUAAAAGGGCUGCACCAGAUCCAGCAUUAAGAUCAGCUCCUGAUGAUGAACAUACUGAAAGUGACGCGUCAGCUUCCUUGCCAUCUACGUCGUCAUCUUCCGAGUAUGUACUGUCGCCAUCUGCUUCCUCAUCCUCUUCUGAGUAUGUACUGUCGUCACCAGCUAUUGAAGGGUCAGCACCUGCAACUAGAUAUUCUCUGCGUCCUCGGUGCUGA